GCUCGAUCUUGUGUCGCUGAGAAGGAUCCACAACCUAACCUAACCACAGUAUAUCCAUAAAUUAGAUUCAUCUUCAUUUUGAUUUUAUUGGCUUAAAUAAUAAUCGUAGUGGUUGAAUAAUAAUCUGAUCAGCCAAAAAUAAUCUUAGCCAAUUAUUCGUAUCUGAAUAGUGAAUUCUGAUUCUGAAGGAAAAUGGAGGGCGAGGUCGAAAAUCCGAGUUUUGAUUCGGAAGAGGGUGUGGAUGUCCUCCUGAUAUUCCGCGUCUUGCUGUUUUCUGCUUCACUUUAUGCGUUUGUGUUGACUCCUUUCCCAAUUAUAGAUACUAGGAAAGGAAGCAAGAAUCAACAUAUUGUGAAGAAUGCAAUAUCGUGUUGACUCCUUUCCCAAUUAUAGAUACUAGGAAAGGAAGCAAGGAUCCUGUUCUUGUGGAGAAUGCAAUUUAUCAUAUGUUGAAGAAUACUUGACGCAACCUCUAAUCACUGUUGGUCUGCCUGAAGUGGCGACGGGUGUUGUUGGAUUAUUUUGCUACCCCACCACCUCCACCACGCGCUGUGCAACGACCAAGAAAGACGACCAACUUGGUACGCUGAAAGGAGGUGUCUUUCGUGUCACGACUGCUGUAUGUAGCUGUAAAGAGGACGAGGUGGUGGAAUUUUUGCGAGAUGGACGAAUGAUAUCGACCUUGUACACGAUAAAGAGGAGGUGGUGGAAAAAUGAAACGAGGGGGCACGGCGUGACAGAUUAGCGCGUGCAGGAGACAAGAGUGCGUAAAAAUGCGAUAUCCCUGCACGGAUUUCAAUGCGAUCACGUCGAAAUCUCAAGAAACUGGGAUGUGAUCUUGCCUACAACUAGAGUGGUUCCUUCAACUGCGACUCCUUAACAUCGCAGGAAAUCAACGUAUAAAGUCGACGUAUCACUGCUGCGGGGGACUAUGACAUUACAACGAACACAACUAUUCUUCUACACAACUAGAACAAUUCUAGUUGUGAAAAAACUCACUUCUGCACAACCACGCGAGAGGACGACAAAGUUGUAAGAGAAAAAGCGGCAGAGCACCAGAAGAAAUAUCAAGAAACUCCAUCUACAACAAGCACCCAGUGGCAAUUGGUCCUUUGGUCGAAGACAUUUUUGAAGUUGAAAUCUGACGCUAGCCAUAUUCUACGAAAUCUGACGCUAGCCAUCGUCUACAUCAACAAGCAUCGAAUUUCACGGUAGAAGCAAGCGAACCAUCAUGAUCCCACCAACGGAUGCGGCUUUGAACAAACUGUCGCUGGAGUAUUCCUAUGAGGACAUAUUGCAAGCCACAGGACACUUCUCCCCUAAAUGCCAACUGGGUCAGGGAACCUACGGUUUCGUGUUCAAGGGGAAUUUAAAUUAUGGCAAAUAUGAUUGCUACAGAGUUGUAUGAGUAUGCAAGUAGACACUUAUUAUAGCUACUACGCAAGAGGUACCAUGACAUGACAUGACAAGUAUAGAAGACCGACCACCUCCCUUCCUGACAAGACUUUAUUCGCAGAAUAUGCAAAAGAAUCACACUUGCUGGGUGACAAGGUGGGUUCUCCCAAUCAACUGCCUUAUAUAUAAGUUUGAUCUCUAAUCCCCAGAUGGCACCGAGGUCGCCAUUAAAGUUUUGAACCAACCGAAAGAAAGCGGCUUUAAGGAAGAAGUGGAAGUGCUGAGUAAGUUCCGACAUCCGAAUUUGGUGAUUUUAAUGGGCUUCGCGAGAGGAAUUGCAAAAGAACGCUGCCUGAUAUAUGAGUUGCUGGAAACUGACGUGUGCUCACGGUAUAAUUUUACCUCUUUAGUUUUGAUUGCUGGAAACGGACGUUUGCUCACGUCGGUAUUUUUCAGAAUGCUUUUUCGUGAGAAAGAACAUACUUAAACCAAACCCAACUCUGACUCUGUAAAAUAUGCUUAGACUUUUGCUUUUGCAAUCCUCUACUUGGAGGUUAAAAACCUACCACUUCGAAUUCUACCACUCCACGACAGUCUCUCCGAUACCACACGAGCGCCGUUAUCCG